AUUACUACAGAGCGGAGGAGCGCACGAAUUUCACACACAACUACUUUUAUCUUCUCUAAACUUGACGUUUAGUGUCACAGGAGUAAGGUGGGUGUUCUCCGAGGACAGACUCAAUCUUGACCGGAUCGUACAUUUGGAGGCUGAAUUUAGUGUCAAGGUCAGCAGUGGCCAUGCCAUUUGGCUGUUUAACAAUCGGGGAAAAGAAGGAUUAUCACAAUCCUUCAGACGUGACAGAUAAAUAUGACCUGGGUCAGAUUGUUAAAUCGGAGGAGUUCUGUGAGAUAUUCAGGGCCAAGGACAAAACUACGAUGAAAAUGUACACAUGUAAAAAGUUCCUGAAGAAGGAUGGAAGGAAAGUCCGCAAGGCUGCCAAAAAUGAGAUCCUCAUCCUAAAGAUGGUGAAGCAUCCCAAUAUUCUCCAACUGGUGGACGUCUUCGAGACCAAGAAAGAGUACUUCCUUUUCCUUGAACUUGCAACAGGCAGAGAGGUGUUUGACUGGAUCCUGGAUCAAGGCUACUACUCAGAGCGAGACACCAGUAACGUGGUACGCCAGGUGUUGGAGGCGGUCGCCUACCUCCACUCCCUGUGUAUUGUUCACAGAAACCUAAAGUUGGAGAACUUGGUUUAUUAUAACCGCCUGAAGCACUCUAAAAUAGUCAUCAGUGACUUCCAUCUUGCAAAGCUGGAGAAUGGACUAAUCAAAGACCCAUGUGGGACACCGGAGUACCUAGCUCCUGAGGUAGUUGGCAGGCAGCGAUAUGGCAGGCCUGUAGACUGCUGGGCUACAGGUGUCAUCAUGUACAUUCUGCUGUCAGGCAACCCUCCAUUCUACGAUGAAACAGAUGAUGAGGAUUACGAGAACCACGACAAGAACCUGUUCCGAAAGAUCCUCACUGGCGAUUAUGAGUUUGACUCUCCAUACUGGGAUGAUAUCUCUGAUUCAGCCAAGAGUCUGGUUACUCGUCUGAUGGAGGUGGAUCAAGACCAGAGACUGACAGCCCAGGAGGCUAUAAACCAUGAGUGGAUCUCUGGUGGUGCAGCGUCAGAUAAGAACAUCAAGGAAAACGUGUGUGCACAAAUAGAGAAGAACUUUGCCAGAGCUAAAUGGAAGAAAGCAGUUCGAGUCACCACCAUCAUGAAGAGGUUGAGAGCCCCUGAGCAAAGCAACUCGAGGGUGACCAGCCCUGAAGCCGGUGCCCCGGAGGACCCCGCGGCUCUCCAGGCUACCGUCGACCCCUCUGCACCUUUGUGUGGGGCAACAACCGAGGGAGCCCCUGCUGCGGCCACAGAGCUCCCUGCUGGAGCCGAGAUGAGCCAACCGGCACCAGUGGCCUCACCUGGGGCGUCAGCCUCAGCAUCCGAGGGCCUGGCACAGCAGGAAGCCGAGCCCACAUCACGUUGUAACGGAGAGGCCUCAACAACCCGCCAGGCUUCCGCCGAGGCUGGGGGCGAGCAGGGUUAGACCCCAUCUCCCCUGUGUGACCUCUGCUGUCCCCACCGACUCCUGCACACUGUACAUUAGCUGCUAGCAUGGUGACACUGACUCUGCUUCUCUCUCACUUGCAGCAUUAGCAUCAUCUCAUGGAGGCUGUGUGCUACCUUUUCCAGAGCGCUGCGUAUCUUUGGCUUUCUUCUUACAUGUAUUGUGUCUUUUUUACUGACCCCCCACCCCCCAGUGUUUUACGUCAGAUGAUAUAAACAGAGUCUAUCCCUGCAUAUUUCAGUUUUAGGGGUAGAAACAGAUUGGCUGUCAAGCUGUGGCUUACAGCUUUAGUCUUCUCUCUGAUUCUUCUCUCAGUGAUAAGAGAAUAUUGGAAAACAAAGUUGUGCUGAAAACGGCUUUGAUUCCUUUUUAAUGAGACAACUUGGGAAACUACUCUCUGCCUGUCUUGUAAUUACAGUAUUUGUUCUCCAAAUCAGUAGUAAAGUUUAGCUUUUCCCUAAUUUUUGACCUUGUACAAUAAUACUCAGUACGUGCUGGCCCUCACAUAUACUCCUCUCAUAUGUUUAUCUUUCCUAUCUGUUAUCGUGGAGUGGACACCAACCACUAAUUGUGCCAAGAUUGAUGACUGGGAGUUUUUUUAUGCCCAGAACUGUAAUUUGAACGAGGCAGCUUCACACAUAGGCACACACACAUAAACACUACGUUCCUUUGCUAAGUUCCUGCUCAGGAAAGAACCUCAUAGCUGUAAGUGUAAAGAUUCUGUACAUAGAGACCUUUGAAGAAGUAGCUAAACAGCAUGCAUUCUCACUUUCUGCUGUUCAUCUCACACUCAAGGCCACUUGGUGGAUAAAGAUGCACUCUCGCCACAAGCCAUGUUAAGGUUAAUGUAUAGCGCACUACACUGUACAUCAUGCUGUCUUUUAAUACAGUUCAGUUAACACCCCUUCUGUCAUCGUAAAAGUUGUUUGAAAAGGAAAUGAAUACACCACCAAUACAUAGUAGUUCUAUGCAUUCAAAUUAAUUUGUAGCCUUUCUUUUUUUUUUUUUUAAGGU